AUUUCAAAGGUCUUGUUUUGUGUUUUAUUUAGAGCGGGGAAGUAAUCGAGCUCAUACAACACCAUUACCCAAAAAGAAGUAAAAAAUCCUCGCUAGGGUUUCAGUUUCCCCAUCCAUGGAGGACGAGCGCAGUAGCCCUAGGGUUUCUCCUCCGGCGACCACCACCACGUCCGCCGCCGCCCACGGAGGAGGAGUCGCCGGAACGAUCCGCCUCCGCCGUAGCCCGCCGCCUCCUUCCGCCGCGGACGCCAUCGGCGGCGUCCACCUCCUCCCCUGCUCCAUCAAGCACAACGGGCCCUGCGCCAUUUCCCACUACUUCAAGCCUCGGACAACGGAUGUGGAGGUGGACGGAUUGAGCGUGGAGGAGGCUUUCUUCAGAGGGAGGAAGUUGCUGGGCGCCACCGUCCCCAUACCCGAUGGCUAUCGCGGAUAUAUAUUGGAGAGGAAGAAACUGGGGAAGGGAAAGGAUGCGGAAGGCUCGACGGAUGGGGAUUUCAGUAGUUGGGCAUCACGUGCCGAGUUUCGUAGCGUAACGUAUUGGGAUCAUGACAUUCUCCCUUCGACGGAUGACCCUCUCCUUCGGUGCUUCCAUUGGUUUCCUGUUGCCAAUGCGCUGCACAAGCCAGUUACUGCCGAGGAGUUGGCUAAAGCCUCAAAAGCUGUUCAGGACAAGAAACAGCUAAACUGAAGCUAGAUUGAGCUGUUUUCCCCAUUAAUGAGAGUUGCUGCAUUGUUCGGGACAUCUAAGGAGUUGGUGAUUCUUUGUUGGCUUGAGGGAGCUGUGAACUUUACACAUCAAUGACUACCCAAGCCUCUGCUCAAAUGCUCGGACAAAAUUCGACCGGAUUGGAAGCAACUUCGACUAUGAAGCUUUAGAAUUACUGUUCGCCGUUUCAAUCCAUGAGAAUCAGUUGGAGUCCUCCUAUGGGAUAAUAAACUGUCUUAUUAUCCGAGUUUUUGGGCCGAUAAAAAAAGCCGCAUUUCACCUUGGGCCAGCAGACACCAAGGGCUUCACAAUCUCAAGUUCUUGUCCAGUUGAUUCUUGUUGGCCUCCCCGCCCAACAUGAUAGUAAUUGCGCUGUUCUUCCAGUUGCAUCCAUGGUUGAUCAAUUAAUCAUGCGUGUAGUCGAGGGCAGAAGAUAAUGGACAGCUCUAUUUUGUUUUUUGUUUUUUCCCCCUCCAGCCAUUUUCAAUUGCUUUAAAUGCACAUUUGUAUCGGCCCUUGUGCUGCAAUACUUGCUAAAGUAUGUGUAAUGUCAAGGCGGAGUUUCCGCCAGUGUAGCUCUCCAAACAGAAGGUUUAAAGUUUUGUUCUGUGGUGGAAAAAUGAAAUAAGCUUUUCGAGUGAGAUUUCUGCUUCUAGCUGCAGUGGAAAGCUAAAUUAACUCUGCAUUAGCUGCAGGAGUUGUUCAAAAACCCCAGAUAUGGUUCAUGGCCCAAUGGUGGAUGAUGAGCUGGAGAUGAUAUAUGGAGAAGCAAACCAAUGAAUGGCAACCAACAAAGAUGGAAUCUGGGAGGGGUCCUUCAGACACAUUGCUAUCUCUUCAUGGACUAAGAAUAAGAGGGAGUAGGAAAGGCACAAAAUUCCCCACAGCUUUGCAAUCACUUCCUCUCCACCAACCUUAAUGAAGGCCAAAGCUAAAUAAGCACAAAUAACACUGGGCUACACUACUAAAUAGAAGCCAUGUGCCUCUACUUGUUAAUGUAAUUGGGAGAAGUUGUGGUCCUUCCUCAUGUGCUUUGUCUACAUGUCUCCAUGUUUAAUUGUUAUCAGCCCAAUUUAAUACACAAAUGGAGAUUUUAAUACCA